ACACUCCCCCUCCCCCCAUGUAUGUCAUACGUUUUCACCCCUUCUCCUCCCACCUCCCCGUCCUCCCUCUCAUUCGCUCACAUCCGCUCACUUUCUCCACUCGCCUUCAAACACGCUGCAGCGUCUUCCUAAGGAGCAUCUUUUCCGAACUCUUCUCGUCCCAUAAAGCUGCGUCACCAUCAUCAAGGAUGUCCAUAGUGAGUAUUGUUGCCAGGGAGAUCCUGGACUCACGGGGCAACCCGACUGUGGAAGUAGAUCUGCAUACUGGCAAAGGUGUGUUCAGGGCUGCUGUGCCCAGCGGUGCAUCCACCGGCAUCUAUGAGGCUCUUGAGCUCCGAGAUGGAGACAAAACUCGCUACAAAGGAAAAGGCGUAACCAAAGCGGUCAGUCACAUUAAUGACACCCUUGGACCAGCCCUCAUCCAGUCUGGAAUCAAUGUGUUGGAGCAGGAGAAACUGGACAACACGAUGAUUGAAAUGGACGGCACUGAGAACAAAUCUAAGUUUGGGGCCAAUGCUAUUCUCGGCGUAUCCUUGGCCAUAUGCAAAGCUGGCGCAGCAGAGAAAGGUGUUCCCUUGUACCGCCACAUUGCUGAUCUGGCUGGAAACGGAGAGUUGGUCCUCCCAGUUCCCGCUUUUAAUGUGAUCAAUGGGGGCUCCCAUGCUGGGAACAGACUGGCUAUGCAGGAGUUCAUGGUGCUUCCUGUUGGGGCGGAGUCUUUCCGUGAUGCUCUGCGUAUGGGGGCGGAGCUCUACCAGACACUGAGAGACGUUAUCAAGGAGAAGUACGGUCAGGAUGCUACAAAUGUGGGAGACGAGGGAGGGUUUGCCCCCAAUAUUCAAGAAAACAGUGAAGCCCUGGAGCUGAUUAAGACGGCCAUAGAGAAGGCAGGCUUCACAGACAAAGUGGUGAUAGGGAUGGAUGUCGCUGCUUCAGAGUUUUUCAUUGAGGGAAAGUACGACCUGGACUUCAAGUCUCCACCCAACGCCGCCCGCAACAUCAGCGGCGAGGAGCUGGCCAGCAUCUACCAGGGCUUCAUUAACAACUACCCAGUUGUGUCUAUUGAAGAUCCUUUUGACCAGGAUGACUGGCCGGCUUGGUCACAGUUUACAGCCUCAGUGGGAAUCCAGGUCGUUGGAGACGAUCUGACGGUCACAAACCCGCGAAGGAUACAACGAGCCGUGGAGGACAAGGCCUGCAACUGCCUGCUGCUUAAAGUCAACCAGAUUGGCUCUGUUACAGAGGCCAUCAAGGCGUGCAAGCUGGCCCAGGAGAAUGGAUGGGGUGUGAUGGUGAGCCACCGCUCUGGAGAAACAGAGGACACCUUUAUAGCUGACCUGGUGGUUGGUCUCUGCACUGGACAGAUCAAGACUGGAGCUCCCUGUCGAUCAGAACGUCUGGCCAAAUACAAUCAGCUCAUGAGGAUUGAGGAAGAGUUGGGUGACCAGGCUCGCUUCGCCGGACACAACUUCCGUAACCCCAGUGCCCUUUGAGUACCAGUUCCUCGGCGGUGUCACAUAAGAAACAUAUAAGCAGAACGUUUUAUUACAUAGUAAUGCAAUCAUGACACCUUACAACUAAUUAGUUUUCAAAUGCACCGUUAAUGCACUCUACAGUACAUUGAGCACACGCUUCAGCGAGUGAUUUGGUUGAGUGACUACAGCUGGUUGCAGAAAAUCUUGAACAAAGCCUAGAGGGAAAAAAAGACGAGCGCCUCCCCUUGUUAUUUUUUUCUCUUCCUCGAUUCCUUUGACUCACUGCAGACGUGUUUUGACCUUAUGUGCCCUGGUAUUUAUUCUUCUUCCUCUUCCUUGUGUCAUUUUGUGAUUUUAACCCUCGGCAGCUUGCUUUUAAAAUUGUAACCGUUGUUUUGUCUGUCUAUAUGGUAAUGCUUAAUAAAGAACAGGGAACAAAUGAACAAAAUCA